AUGUAUUUAAAGGAAAAAGACUAUGAUGAACCAUUGUCAGAUGAAGGGCCAGAGUCGGGGUCCCGUUGGGGAUUAAUAUUUGAUGGAGCUGUUAAUGCUUACGGUAAUGGAAUUGGGGCCAUCAUUGUUACACCUCGUGGUUCCCACAUUCCUUUUACUGCAAGGUUGACGUUCAAUUUUACAAACAAUAUAGCAGAGUAUGAGGCCUACAUUAUGGGUCUCGAAGAAGCUAUCGACUUGAGAAUCAAGAUUCUGGAUGUGUAUGAAGACUCGACUUUGGUAAUCAUUCAGAUCAAAGGAGAGUGGGAAACUCGUCAACCCGGUUUAAUCCUCUACAAAGAUUAUGCAAGGAGGUUAUCAACCUUCUUCAAUGAAAUCGAGUUUCAUCAUAUUCCCCGUGAAGAAAAUCAAAUGGUAGAUGCAUUAUCCACUUUGUCCUCUAUGAUUGUUGCGAACCAGUGGAAUGAUGUGCCCAAAAUUGAUGUUAUGCGCCUUGACAGAUCCACUCAUAUGUUUUCAUCAUAA